AUGCAUUCUAUGGGCAAUUAUAUAGAAAAUUAUCAACAAGUAUGCAGCAUCCAUAAACCUGCAAUGACCAUAAUCGGAAACGAAUGGCUGUACAACCCCGAAUUACUAAAACCGUCUAGGUAUCUGGACGCACUAAGAUUAAGAACAAAUACAUAUGGAACAAGAGUCGCACUCCGAAGAGCAAAAAAAGAUACAAAUGAACUGUCAGAGAUGCGGCGUCCAGGCCGAGACUCUAGGACACAUAUUGGGACUAUGCACCCACACAAAAAACCAGAGAAUAGAAGAAGGCACGAUGAAAUUUGCGAUUUAAUAAUGAACAAUAUCCCCAAAAAUAAUGCAAUUCUAAGGGAGCCCGAAAUCGUGGUGAACGGGGAAAUGCGUAGAGCCGAUAUGGUUCUAUUAUAUAGAACCUGGGGCGACGCCUCCGCGAGGCAUUCCCUGGACAACACACGCUACGGCGUGUGGCUAAGAGCGCCUCCCGAAAAGGUCCCCGUUCCUAAUUUUGUCAGAAAAGUUACCACAGGGACUGGCGGCCAGGGACAGCUAACUGGCUUGUGGCGGCCAAGCGUUCAUAGCGACCUUAAAAAUCCAGGAGAGGUCCACGUGGAGGUGUCGCGCAGCAUGUCUCCAAGGCUUAGUCGAAAAGCGAGUUUGGCUGACGUGCCGGGCCUGAGCGAGCUGAACGGGGCAUGGUCUUGUAUCUCGCACCCAGGAUCUCGGUCCCGUGCUUUGGCCUCUCGCGGGUCUUCCUUGCUGCGAGGCUUCCGUGGCGGCUCUGUCAUCGUGGUCGCUCUCUUUGGUCGCCAUUCAACGCUCAACUCAUAA